UAGGCCAAGUUAUAUAUAUAUAUCGACCACACACCCUGCAGCAACUAUUCCAUCCAUACGUUGUCCCUUUCUGGACGGAGUUAGGGGUGCAGGCUUCGGUGUCGUUAUCUAAAUCGCCGGGGGUUGUUAUUAAUUGGCGGUGGCGGCGAGACGUAGUAGUCGUAGCAGUCGUCGUAGUUAAUAGAAUAUAUUCAGUCAGUCUUUAUAACUAAGUAUUAAUUUCCUCGGUCGCAGAGUACUGCGUCACUCCAUCAUCCCCUCCUAUCGCUCACGAGCCGUGGUAUUUACACGCUAGUGCUGUAAAACCAUAAUACUAAAUAAAGUACACAACGUGUAAACAAAAACAAUAUUAUAAUAUUUAUAAUAACGACGAUGAUGUUAUUAUAUUAUGUGACGACGGACGGAAUAUUGUUAUUAUAACCGUACCGGGCGUUGUCACAUUCGGACGUGCGUAUUAUUAUGCAGUUUUAUUAUUACGAUAUUAACUUCGUCAUGCGGUGUAGGAUGGUCGUCUUGAUCGCGUUCACCGUGGUCAUCGGCUGGUGGCCGGCCGUGGCCGUGGCUUGGAACACCGACAGACUGUACGGCACGCGAAUGCGGGCCCGGCUGACCGACGUGGCCGUGUGGCGGAACCGCGCGUACGCUUGCUGGCCCAGGGCUGACGCUUCACAACCGGUUACCCUGUUAGAACUGCCGUGGCCGGAAACCAUCGACGAACAAUCGCAACAACCAUCGUCGUGGACGCCUAGCAGACCGUUUUACGCUGAUCAACAAAAACUCUAUGACUGUCACCGCGUUCAAUCGGCUGUUGCCGUCGACCUGGACAAAUUAAGAGGGCACCUGUACGUGCUGGACAACGGAUAUGACAACGUCAAGUGUCAACCAAAAAUUAUCGUUUAUGACCUGAAGACUUACAAAUGUAUACAGUCGGUGGAACUCGGUGGGAUCAACGGCUCGGGACUAGCCACGCUGGUGGUGGAUGCAAGACCGUUCAAAGGCGAGACGAAGGUGUACGUGGGUGACGCUCGCGGCGGACACAUCAUGGUGUUUGACCCGGACAGGAGCGUUUGGUAUAUGGUCGCAUUACGCAUCCAGAACCACGACAGGGCAGUUAUACAGCAGAACUACUACGGACCGGAAGUCGACUCGGAUGUGCCUUCAGAAUGCAUCGCUGUCCUCAAGCGUCAGUCGUCCGUGUACUUGACGUCGAGGCGCUCGCACAACUUGUACACGGCUUCGUUCAAGGAUCUCCGGAAUUUGACCUCUUAUAUCACGCCUAGCAUAAAGAAUGGUGACGUACUUCCGGUUGGAUUGCGAGUGCGCUGGGAAGGCGUCAAGCUGGGCGUUUCGGGCGGGUUUUACGCUGACAUACAGGGUGGUCUCAACUACGUGUACACCAGAGAUUUCGUGGCCGUCAGAUUGAGUAUCAUGACGGGUGGCGUACCGGUCGCAGCGGAAGACCAUAAGGUGCUGUUGCAGUCAUAUAACCUGUUACCGGCGGUCACAAAGAUUUUCACGGACAAUACAAAUUAUAGGCAGGUGUGGGCCCUAAACGCUAUGCCCAACGCGGAAAACCGUCACCUGGUCAAAAUUAAUACGUUAUAAACAUUGUCAUCAGUACAAUAAUAUAAUAUUCUACGCUACUGCACAUAGUAUCUAGGAGAUUUGACAAUUUACAUGAGAAAUUUUGUCAACCCCUCGAGAUACACGCUGUAUAAACAAGGAGAUCCACCAAGCAUGCUCACCGCCUCGCCCUAAUUUUUCCUACGUAAUAAUGAAUUUAUUAAAGUUCUGAUUCCAAAAAUUUUAAGUAUACUUAAAAGUUAAUAGGACGAAACACUGGCAUAUUUUGUUGUCUCCGUCUUACAAG